AUGCCGCCUGAGGCCAACUUCAUGAGCUUUGAUGGACCGCCAUCGGGGUAUAGACGACGAAGGAGACUGGGAGAGCAUCGGGUCGAGGAUGCGGAGGACGAUGGGCCCGUACUCCACAGACAGCGAUUCAUUCUGCCGCCAGAGUUGGUGCCGCCGGAACAGUUGGUCGUGAGACGGUACAGGGUUACUCCGUUUUACUUUAGCAUUCCGGUGAGUGAUGGUUGGAAAGACGGCAGAACUUUGAUCAGAAAGGUGCAUAGAUUCUUGUUUUCAUGAAGAUUCGCAGUAUCUUAAAACAAAAAGACCAAAAUAAUGCUUGAAACUCAAAUUCAGUAAGAAACGUUUUUCAGGCACAUUUACGCCUGAAACUGAUUGACGCAGUCAACGAGCGUUUUGCCACAAACUACAAUGUCAAGCAAUGCUACUUCUCAGUCAUUUUCGAAGAUGGAGAGUUAGUGUAUGAAACUGGGAACAUCAAGUUUACCAGUGCACUUGCAGUUUGUCCGAUCUUGUCAAGUUCUACAUCGGACUCUUCUACGACCAUCCGGAUAUCUUGCGCAUUUUCCGAAGAUUCCUGCCUUUUGGUUACGAUAUUUUUGUAAACGAAAAUCUCCAGUAUGUCUACAUCGACGGCGAUCGAGGCGCUUCGGUAGGCCUAAACAUAAUCCAAUUUUCUUAAACACUUUUGUUAGAUUGUUCCUAGAAGAGAGUUGCUCGAGGGAUGGGAACGCUUCCCUCAGAACCAAAAUUUGAGUGUCAGACAAGAAGAAGAGUCAAAGCGAGGAGCCACUUUGAUUCAGAAUAUCCGUGCUCGUAUUGGCCCUGAGAUGUUCUUCCGCGUCUUAUGCUAUGGAUGCAAUGCAGAAAGAAGGGGGUGAGCGUUUUUGAAAAAAAAAAGAUCUUGUCUUCGAAAAGUCGGUGUUACAGAUUCAGAUUCGAGGCGAUGCCUGUAAUCAUUGAAUGGUUGUUCGAUCACCCCGAUCUUGUCUACCAUUACAUCUACUACAUGCUGCCCGAAGCCAAGAUCAAGACGAACUCUCAUGGAGAUUAUGUGUACAGAAGCUUCUCUGGCACACGACAUGUUAGUUUUCACUUCAAAUUCUCUAUCAAUACAACGUUUUUUUUAGGUGAUCAGUAAACCAGAACCAGGGCAAGAAAACCAAAGCCGUUUCCCGAGAAUGAUCUACUACGAGCCUCCAGAAUACCAGGAAUCAGAUUAG